UUGCUUUGUGCGCGAUUGUGUGUGAUUUGUCAAAAAUAGCAAUAAAUAGUAAAAGUUUGCACUUUAUACCGUAAUAAACAGUACAAAUACGUUAAGUGUUACAAUUACUUGGUAACAUGAAGGUCAAACACUGAAAGUACAUCGUUAAACCGUGAAAAACCUAUUGCAUAUCAAUAGCUAUAACGACAUCUGAAUGGGCCCCAUGCAAUGUCGGCGGGCCGCGACGAAGGCCCGGUGUACUACCGGGAGAUUCAGAAGAACGCAUACCUCAAACGGAUACCUAAUGAUAUCGGCGGCAGUAAACUUAGACCGUUGGGGCAUAAGAAAGCACCCCUCAAACCUCUCUGGACCUUAUUCUGCGUGCACAACGGGCGUACGCCAUACCUGGAGCAGUACCCUGAACCGGAAUCUCCAGCGACACAUGGCCAUAAGCCAGUAUGGCGGGCGUGUCUGAAGACAGCCAGACAUGUUACAGCGAGUGUCAAGCCGCAUGUGGGGGAUGAGUACGAUUUUUUGAUCGACACCGACCAUGGACCGGUCAGAAUGCUCGCUCCUGAUUGGGAAUCGAUGCAGGACUGGGUGACCACGCUUCGCAGCAAGCUGCACGAGCUGAAAGUGCUGUCCAAAGGCGAGAAUGUCUACUGCGCUCCGCCGAUAGCCCCCCCGCCCCGCGCGGCUGCUCGCGACCCCACUUCCCCGCUACCGCCUACUCCAGCCGUGCCUCCUGACAGAGUCCCUGGGAUAGAACUAACAACCACCGUACUUCGUUCCCAACCGCCAGAGGUUGCACCACCUCCAGAACCUACCCCAGAACAUCUAGAUCCAGAUAUAGACAUCUCCAACUGGGACACACCCUUCAAUUCGCUACCUAGUACCGCUGGAACUAGUAUACCUAGUACGAGCCAAGCUAGUACAAGUCAAGAUGGCGGUAGAGACAAGAAAUUGGAGCCCAAAAAGAGUGUUGCCAAGAUUUGUGGGCAAAAUAUUUGUCUAGAUGAUUCUAUCUUUAAAAGGCAUCAGAAUACAGGGUCAACAGACAGCGAUGAAGAAUUCUUUGCCGAGAUAGACCGAAUCAGUGACUCAGUGGAAAACCUUAACAUAGACUCGAAUGAACCUAGAUCUGAACAAAGGAACGAGCUAAGGUCCGAGCCGAACACUGAACUCAGGACAGAAUAUAAGCAGACCUUUGUUGUCAACGACAAAACUGGAUUGGCUAGAGCGCUUUCCGAAAGUGGAGAGACUAAUGACCAUCAAACAACAAACAUAACUGUAAUUCAAGUUUCCAACAAGCCCCCGCAUACGGCCAUACCCGUCCUGGGUCCAGAAACAGAUAUUUUUGACUUCACAUUCCAACAGAACUUGUCUGUCAACGACUGCCAAACUGCCAGUCACAACGGCAGCAAUAUGGCGUCUGUCAACCAUAGUGACAUUGUCAAAGUUAACUUCAAGCCUGUUUCUGAUUCACCGACAACUAGUAACAUUGACAAUACUACAAACAAUUUCGUCAAUAUAGUUAACACGGAAGUCAAUGUCACUGAAAAUGGUUACGGGACAGUCUUUGACAAAGAUUCCGAUUACGGCCACUUAAGUUUGACGACUACAGUCAAUUUGACCGGUCAUCCUGCGGAUUCGUCGCGACAACAUGUCGAUAUGUCACUUCAACCCGUGAGCUUGACUCGUCAACAUGUUGACUCGUCGAGACAACCCGUGAACUUGACUCGCCAACACGUGGACUCGCCACGACAACCUGUAGACUCGUCGCGACAACCUGUGAGUUUGACUCGUCAGCAUGUGGACACGCGAGUGGACAGGGAAGGUGAAGGAAUUUAUGAACGGUUGUGUUUAGCAUCUACGUCAAUAAAUAAUGCUAGUCCCUUACCUAUUAGAAAAAUUAAAAGUACAGAUAGACACAGAAAAAGCUCUUUACCCAAUCUGGAAGUUUCCGCUUCGGAGUCGGCAUACGAAUAUCUCUUCCCAAAUAAUCACAACACUGUUACUUUAAACUCGGAACAAAAUGUAACAGUAAAUAGUGAUGGGCAUAGAAAUAACAAUUCGAAUACAAGUGACACGAGAACAGGUAAUGAUAGACUGAUAAAAAAUGAUAUUAGGAAUAGAGUUACAAAUGAUAUUAGAAAUAAUGAUGUACCAACUAGUGUAAAUAAUGAAAACUUAAGAAGAAAUGAUAAUACAAGGAAUGAGAAUUCGAGAGAAAAUUACACGGAACAUUCUAGAAAUCAAAAUUCAAGAGUCAACCUGACAAGCACUCCUGGUAACCUGGCAAAUUCACCUGGUAAUCUGGCAAAUACACUUGUGUCAAAUGUGUUGGAACAGAGAAGAAAUGUGGAAAGAUCUCAUAGUCAGAAUGCAUACGACAGCUCGCCGAGAUUGAGGGAGUAUAUACGACGACAAAACUCCAGCCCUAAACGCGAUAACAAGAACGACAAAACUGAAGCACCGCCAAAGCCAAUCUGGAAGCGAGGUCUAACAGAGCUGUCGCUUCUAAGUAGACUGCGUGGCAUCGGCCAGGGCAAACGACAGGAGAGCCCAACCAGAAACGACAGCGAAAAUGACAGAGUGGUGACGUCUCCAGGCAAAGUGGUGCAUCGAUCUCGCCCAGAAGGCAGAACGGACAACACUCGAAGAAGAAGUAGCUCACUUAGCAACGGUAAGUUUUGUCACACCCCGGACACUCCAUACAACAGUCGAAACAUAUUUACCUACUACCACUACUACAUACAUCAAGGCCCUAUCUGCACACGCGCAAAUACGUGCGUGAAGUGA